AUGAAGACUCAGUGGAAAGAUAUUCCUGCUGUGCCCACGAGCCAGGAGUUCCUGGACAUUGUCCUCUCUAGAACGUAUGUUCUUUUUGCCGUGUCAAAAUAUUGUGUCACACUAACUUUUUUUGCAGACCGCCGACUGCCUACGCAGAUCCGAGCAGGUUUUAAGAUCAGUCGUAUCCGAGCCUUCUACACGCGCAAGGUCAAGUACACGGCCGAGACCUUCACCGAGCGCCUCUCCACCACAAUCGAAGCCUUCCCUCGCCUGGCUGACAUCCAUCCCUUCCACCGCGAUCUCCUUAACACCCUAUACGAUGCCGAUCACUUCAGAAUUGCCCUUGGCCAGUUGUCGACUGCCAAGACGCUCAUUGAGACUGUCGCUCGCGACUACGUGCGCCUGUUGAAGUACGGCCAAUCGCUCUUCCAAUGCAAGCAGCUCAAGAGGGCAGCGCUUGGUCGCAUGGCGACUAUCUGCAAGCGCCUGAAGGAUCCACUCGUCUAUCUCGAGCAGGUCAGGCAACAUUUGGGUCGUCUGCCCUCCAUCGACCCCAACACCCGCACACUCGUCAUUGCUGGUUUCCCCAAUGUGGGAAAGUCUUCCUUCCUCAAGUCCAUCUCGCGAGCCGAUGUCGAGGUGCAGCCUUAUGCUUUCACCACCAAGAGUCUCUACGUGGGACAUUUCGACUACAAGAUGCUCCGAUUUCAAGCAGUAGAUACACCUGGAAUUCUGGACCAUGCGCUCGAAGACAUGAACACUAUUGAACAUCAGUCAAUUUGCGCCAUCGCCCAUCUCCGUGCACACAUCCUCUACUUCAUGGAUCUCAGUGAGCAGUGCGGUUACUCUGUCGCUUCGCAAAUCGCCCUCUUCAACAACAUCAAGCCUCUGUUCGCGAACAAGCUGAUCUCAGUUGUCAUCAACAAGAUUGAUCUUAUGAAGCCCGACCAGUUGGACGCCGAAACACAGGAGCAACUACAGAGCAUGCUGAAGUCUGGCGAGGUUGAGAUGCUGGAGUUGUCCUGCAACACUCUCGAGGGCGUCAUGGCUGUGCGAAACUCCGUUUGCGACCGCUUGAUCGCGGCUCGAAAUGCUGAGAAGCUCAAGGCUGGUACCAACAGCUCUGGCGAACCAUCUGGCCGUCUCGGGGAACUCCUUCGUCGUAUUCACGUUGCCCAGCCUCUGGGCGGCGUCACUCGUGAAACCUCUAUCCCAGAAGCAGUACUCAACAGGAAGAAGUACGACAAAAACGAUCCAGACCGACCGAUGCUAGAACGCGAUCUCGAAGAAGCCGAUGGUGGAGCCGGCGUAUACAACAUUGAUCUGCGCAAGAAUUACCUGCUCGAAAACGACGAUUGGAAGCAUGAUCGCAUUCCCGAAGUCUUCAAGGGCCAGAAUGUCUACGACUUCAUCGACCCUGACAUUGAGGCUAAGUUGGCUGCUCUGGAGGCGGAAGAAGAGAAGCUCGAGGCCGAGGGCUUCUACGAAUCGGAAGACGAGCUCGAGGAUGCGGAAGAAGCCGACAUCCGGUACAAAGCUGAGCUCAUUCGCGAGAAGAGGCAGCUGAUCCGCAACGAAGCAAAGAUGCGCAAGAGUCUCAAGAAUAGGGCUGUCAUUCCCCGAACGAAGAAGGCAAAGCAGCUGUCCCAGAUGGAAUCCCAUCUCGAGAGUCUUGGCUACGACUCCUCCAAGGUGGCCGAGCGUGCUCAAAGCCAAGCUCGAGGCCGCAGCCUUGCCCGUGGACGAUCAGAAGGACCCAACAGCGACGCCAUGGACAUUGACAUACCUAGAACUGCGUCUGAGCGGGCCAAGAGCCGCGGAAGAAGCGCGAGCACGAACAGGCGAACGGACGGAGUGACGAAUGAAGCUGCCGCCUCCAAGGCAGAGAAGGUGGCCAAGCUCUCACAGAGGAAGAUGAACAGAAUGGCCCGACAGGGUGAGGCGGAUAGACAUUCGACUGGCUCGUUGAUCAAACAUUUGACUGCUGGUAAGCGUGGUAUCGGCAAGACUAGCCACAGAUAG